CCAGUAAAAAUUCUCGUUCAAGUUUCUCCAGAUGAGCGUCGCAGCGCCUUUAACUCUUGGAAGACUGCUUUUACUAAAGGAGGAUCCGGUCUUGCUGGACUUAUGCAACGGAGCUUUCUAUCUCACUGGUCAGAGUCAGCCUGGCAGCAGGAUGCACAAGAUAUUUGAAGGUAAACAGACCGGACAUCUUAUGAGAUAUGAUGUCACGCUUGCCAGGGUAUCCAAGACACAUAUAAAUGGACUUUACCCAAUGAAAUGCUAUAUACAGAUAUUCUGUAUAUCAGAAUCGCACGACACAAAAUCCACGGCACUAGUGGCGCCAUCCGCGUCUAAUGUUAUAACGACACUGCGAUGGGGUUGUAUCGUGUUUUUUUUAAGCUCCACAUAAUACAGGCUAAAGUAUAUAUUUAUAUCGUGUGGUACAACGUUAUGGAGCCAUUUAUGGUACAUUUAAGAGCUGUUUAUUUUGAUAAGAUUCAGGUUAGUGUAUAUUAUGCACCAUGAUUGAGUUGUACGUAUAAUAUUGUCGUAUAACUACAGCCUUCAGUUUUCAUGGGAUAUAAUUAUUUUAUGGACACCAAAUAAAAUAAAAUGUCCAUAAAUUAAUAUUAUUACAAAACUAUUCUUUUUCCUCGUAUAAGUCAUAUUUAUUACAUAUAAAGAACGGAGACAUUACGAGCAUUCAUUUACACCGCUGUAACUAAA